AUGAGCACUAAACGUUCUUCGGAUGGAAAAGGAGAUCAAAAGAAGAAGAAAUUCAAGGUGGCAUCGGGUUUCUUAGACCCAGGCACUUCGGGUAUAUAUGCAACUUGUACUAGAAGAAAAGAAAGACAGGCUGCUCAAGAGUUAGGAUUGCUUUUUGAAGAAAAGUUACAAGAAAUAUACGGUGAUAAACUUAAAGAGUUGGAAAAUGAUGAUAACAUAGACGAAAAUGUAAAUGAACCAAAAACUACUGAAGAAUUAUCCAUUGAGGAACAGAUUCAACAGGAAUUGUCAGAAAUCAAGACUGCAUCGAAUCCAAUUAGCAAAGAGCAAAAGAAGAAAGAAUUAUUGCAUUUUGUUGACUUAGACUGUGAAUGUGUUGUCUUUUGUAAAACUAGGAGACCAAUUGUCCCUGAAGAAUUUGUCAAGAAGAUAAUGGAUGAAUUGAUCGACCCUCAAAAUAGUAUAAAAAGAACAAGGUACGUUCAAAAAUUAACACCAGUAACAAACUCUUGUAGUGCAUCGAUGGAACAAAUACUGAAAUUAGCUGAGAAAGUACUUUCUCCACAUUUCCAUUCUACUGAAAGUGAAAAGGAAGGAUAUAAAUUUGCAGUUGAGGUUACUAGAAGAAAUUUUAAUACAAUCCCAAAGAUGGAUAUCAUUAAUAAUUUGGUAUCAGUUGUGUGCGAAAACGGAAAGUAUAAACAUAAAGUUGAUUUGAAGAACUACGAUAAACUAAUUUUGGUCGAAUGUUUUAAGAACAACGUUGGUAUUUCUGUUGUAAAUGGUGAUUAUAAUAAAUCAUACAAAAGAUACAAUGUUCAGCAAAUAUUUGAAGCAAAGCUAAAUCAGAAGGAUACCGAGGCAAUCACAGCCAAACCAAAGAAACCGUGA